AUGAGGCGCAGAGCCGACAGCCCAUCCGGGCCGGUGACACAAGGUUCAGAGUCUCAUCCUUCAAAGCGCGUGCGGAGAGGGUCAGCCUCCCCCUCGCUCUCUCCUGUCGAUUCAUCGGGUACCCGUUUCAUGCAGCGCCCUGCUCCAAAUCCCAGCGGCACGUCACCGCGUAUCAUUCGGGGAUCAUCGCCCACGCGGCCAACAUUGCCACCGUUGCAUCCCCUUCAACUCGGAGGCACUGAAGGUAACGCACCCGGUUCCGGACCGUCGUCGUCGUCAUACCAGUCCUUCUCGGCUGCGGGCAGUGCGGCCUCGUCGGGCGCAGCACCACGUCCUGGAAGCUGGGCGCCAAAUUGGCCCCCUGGACACAUGGCCCGCCAUUCCAUGGGAGGGCCAGCAGGAGUAAAGUCUCCGUCGCCAAGUACCAGCCCGGAACGGGGACGUGCCGAGGAACCAAGAACGGCCGGAGAACAGCCUAGUACUACUGGUGGUGACAUUGUGUUUACACGCGACGUGACAAACAGGCAACCGCGGAGUAUGAUGGCUUGCAUGAGAUGUCGUCGACAAAAAAUGAAAUGCGACGGCCCUGGCAAGGAACCAUGUCGUGGGUGCCGCCAGGCCAACGUUUCGUGUGUUUUCGAGUCGCGAACGCGGCCAAAGUCGAUCUCGACUAUUCCGUCGCGUGCUUCCCCCUUCUUUCCCCCUCCAGCAGAGCCAGCAGGACCUUCGUUUUAUCCCGCCACAUCGCAGGCGGCUCCACCAGUGACAACUCGUCCCCAAUUGAUUCCCGAUUAUGCCAUCAGGCAAGCUCAAGGCGCACGGGAACAUCCAGCCCAGAUGCGCCCUCCCCCACAAGCGGGCAUGGGCACGCCAUACCCGCCACCUCUCCGUGCCCAUACGCCACCUGCGCACACACCUCCGUCCACUGGAGGCGGCCCUCAACAACAAUACUACCCUGUUACCCAUCCCGGUUACGGCCAUCCUCCACCCGGAGGUCCUGUACCACCUCAACAGUCAAGUGGACAGUUGAUAGACCACCGCCUCGAAGGUCGUUUGCGUGGCCUCGAAUCCGCUUUUCGAUCAGUAUCGACGCUCCCUGCGUCGGUAUCCGGUAUUGAGGCCACACUCGGAUCCAUUUUGCGUGCUCAAUCGGCCCUGGCGGCUCAGAUUUCCGGCGGUGCGGCGGCAGGAAACUCGGCGGUUGCUCCCAUUCCACCGAGAAACCCGACUGACGUCCCCGACCAUGUGUGGGAAAGCUACCGGGUUGGAGCGUGGCCCUUGACACCGUGGCUUCCUGGGAUAUCGCCACUUCCAGGACUCCCAUCGCUUGUCCUUCUGUGUAUGGGGCGUCGUGCUGCCCUCGAACGCCCCGAAACGUCGAGGCGCGAGAGCGAUGCGGCUGCUGAAGCCGUCGUGGCGGAAGUGUCGCGCCUCCUGGCUGGGCGGGUUCUAUGGACGAGGGACGAAGUUCUCGCCCUCGGGGUGUACAGCACCUGGACGAAUGACUCGGCGCUCGGCAGUCUCGCUGUCGGCCUGGCGCGUGACCUCCAACUGGACCGAGUGCAAAUUCAGAGGCGUGGCCACGAAGAGUGGCGGGAGUGGAUCUAUGUCGUCCUUGCCGACCACCUUCUCCACUUGCCCGACUUCAACUUGCCUAUUGUUCAAGAACCUCUGGCGGCUUCCUGGCGCGACCUGAUCGCUACUUCGCCCCCAACCGAAUCGUCUGUUCGCGACCGGGACAACAGGUUGCUUGCAUGGCUGCAAUAUUCGGAGCUUCUGAUGGAAGUCCUGAACGCCCAGCGCGGCCAUACUCGAUACCCGGGCGACCCCAAAUCCCCUGAGGGUAGUCGUGACUCGGGUUCGGAUCACAGCGACGGCCGACCGGGUUCCCAUGCCCGAGGCGACUCUUCCGGCGGCAGAGAAACUGCUCGCGACCAACGGGAUCGCCGACGCGUCCGAGAUGUCUAUAAACGCUUCGCUGCCCGGUGGGAAGCGUGGGCCCAGAGCUGUGGUGCACGUCACGAGCCCGUCCUCAACCUGCACUACAACUAUGCGCUCCUGUUUACUGCAUCGCCAGUGUUCGUCUCCAACGACCGCGUGUGGUCGCUGCUCACCCAAUCGCAAGAGGGGCACCAGCAGCUGGAGCGGGGUCGGGAUGCCGCAUUCAACGUGCUCUCGGCGCUCGGCGCUCCUGAGAUCAACAGGUCGUUUGUGUUCUCGCUGCCCGUCUUCCGGCCAUUCUUCGGCCUCGCCAUCGCCCACCUUGUCGGCCUGACCUCGGCGCUGUCCCAUACGCCCAUCAUCAAUCUCUCGCACGUUCAGCAGGUCCUCCACACGGCCGCGUACCACGUUUCGCCCGCACAGUCGCCAGACGCUUCGGCCGCCGGCCGCCUGGGUACGGCGCCCGCCGGAGUCACCUCACCCGUUGGCAGCGGGCCGGCCCACCCCGCGUCACCGUCCGGUGCUCGUCACCGCGGUGGACCCGCCCCCUCCCUCCUCCAGGAGAUGGUCGAGACGGGCGCCAUUAUCCAAAUCGGCAAGCGCGAGAUUGUCGGCGCCGAACCGGGCCGCGAUCUCUGGCGCCGGAUCGUGGGCUAG